ACAUGGGGGCGCUGGCGGCGGGGUUACAUCUGUGGAGGCUGCUGGUUGGGGUAGUGUGUGGGCGUGUAAAGUUUGUGUGUGCGUGUGUAAAGUUUGUGUAUUGUGUAUGUGUGUGUGCGUGUGUUUUUGCGGGCGUGUAUAGUUUGUGUAGUUUGAGAGUGUGUGUAAAGUUUGUGUAGUGUGUGUGAGUGUGUGCAUUUGCAGUUUGUGUAUUAUGUGUUUGUGUGUGUGCGUGUACAGUUUGUGUAUUGUGUGUGUGUGUUCAGUGGGAGUUUGUGUAAACAGCGGUUGAAAUGAUUGUGUACAGCAGUGUUAUCUAGAGGAAAUAGCAGAGGAAGGUAAGAUGAAUAUCUGCUGAGAUCAAUACCCCAGUGUGAGCCAAAGAUUGUAGGGGAGAAAGUUGUUCAUCUGGUCCUUCUAAGGUUUAUGUUUUUACUAAGCCAAUGAAUACAGAAUGAUUAUGUCACCUUGCCUACACUUCGUGUUGAAAAAGCCAACAUAUGAAAUGACAAAUACUUUGAUAUGUGUUAAUAAAGUUUUGCUCUGUUUUAUAUUUAAUGUUGUCUUCAAUUCCCUUUGAAAUUUUGGCCGUGUGUAGAAAUUAAUCUAACUACAUUAUAUGUCAAUUAUAUACAUUAUUCAAGCUUUGUAAUAGUAUGUACUUGCAUACACCAAAUGAUGCAAAUUAACCGACUAAGCUUCAGCCAAUCAAAGCGCAGUAACAGCAGAGACAGCCUGGGAAUUCCGUCACAGAUCACAUUUCCAGUUCGCAGAAUGAUGGCUUUUGAAGCGCACGAACGCACCUUUUCACAAGGUCAACCAAUCGGAGAUUUAAUAAAGUUCAGCAGUUCUGAAACCCAAAAUUCCGACAGCCCAGGGUCUCCUGAAUCAGAGGUUUAGACUGGCAUACAUCCUCACCUGAGGAGACUGCCAUUCAGGUGACCUGGUUUCACGCGUCACUCAGUGGGACGGUCUCACUUCCCUCUGGGAAACCAUUAACCUGGCUCAGAGUCCGAUCCCUCCAACCCUACCUGCACAUUGGCACCGGACUUUUUAGGUCGCUUUCAGUCCAAUAUAAUGGUUUACGCUUUCGUGAGUAAAUCACCACACAGGACCGUAGCGGCCGAACAUAGCAGAUGCACCUGACUGGCGCUGAGAAAGUCAGGGUGGGUUGUCUGCAUGCAAUGGCUGUUCACUAUUUCCUGGUCUGUCCCAUUCUACUACUCCUGACUCUCGUCGCGGUAGAGGCCCUUCAAUAUGGACGCAGGGGCUCCGAAACCACGCUUGUCCCCCAAAUCCGGGGGGCCCCCGACGCGAUCCUGUGGAACAAAGAGUCUCGUAAAGUAGUGGAGUUCGACGGCAGUGAGGAGAGUGUCCAAGAGACGUUCCGGGACCGGGUGGUCCUGGACUGGCACGCGGCCUCCCUCAUCAUCAAGGACCUCCGGUUGGCUGACAGUGGCACCUACGAGCUGGAGGCCACCAUCAACAAAAAGAAGUACUACUCCCAGCAUGAGGUGGUGGUUAUUGAGAAGGUGGCAACGCCCACCAUCUCCUGCCUCAUCAACGGCACGGUCGGCGGCGUCGGCGAGUCGGACCCCCCGCGGACCCGCGCCGACCUCUGGUGCAGCGCCGAGGGGCCUCCCUCGCUCAUCGCCCUCGCCUGGACCCCGGUGGGCGGAGUGGCGACGAAGGGGGCGGGGCUAACGGUCGCCCUGGCCGGAGACCAGGACGACACGGUGUACACCUGCCUGGCCAGCAACCCCGUCAGCCAGGAGAUGGGCACGUUCGUGGCCAAAGAUUGUUACCCAGACAGUUUCCCAACCGGAGGGAUCGUGGCCGUCGUGGUGCUCUGUCUGCUCGUGGUUAUAUCAGCGGGCUGCGUCCUGGGCUACUGGAGGUGGAGCAAAGCACACCCUAGGUCCGAUGGUAUUGAAGACGUCGAGUCACGGCCGCUGAACCGAUCAAAUGGGUCGGGCAUCUCCAAGGCCUACGGUAACAGAGCCACGCUACCUAGCACCCAGCCUCUGCUGCACCCCCCCAUGGGAGAGGACAACACCACCCACUCCGGGGGCGGUGGGGACUCCACCCGGGUCAGUGUCCACCCCUCAGAGUCCAGGCUGCCAGAUCUGCAGCAGCCAAGCGACCUGGAGUCGAAGCUCAGUGCGGGCGACCCUCCAGUGAGCGUCCUGGUGGAGCCCGCUCAGGGGUCUGAAUCUGAUUUAACUGCUCCUCAGCCAAUGACCCCGCGAUACGACCAUCUUGGCUCUGAUGUAGGUGGCCAUCUUGGCUCUGAAGGCGGCCAUCUUGGCUCUGAGGAAGGCAGCCAGGCAGCCGACGCAGACCUCUACAGAUCAGAUCCAGAGGCGCGGGAGCCCGCCGCGGUCGUACUGAGAGAGGAGGAAGUGUACGUCACUCCUCGGAGCAGCAGUGGUUCCUUGCAUGGGGAUAAGGAAGAGGAGAAGGAGAAGUCUAAGGAAGAGAAGGUUGAGCCAACGUUCCACACUCCUCGGGGCAGCCUUGAUUCCUUGUAUCAGGAGGAGGAGGAGGAGAAGAAAAAGGAGGAGGCAGAGGAGAAGGAGGAGGAGGAGGAGCAGGGGGAGGAGGAGGAGGAGGAGGAGAAGAAGAAGAAGGACACGGGGGUCAGUCCUGCGGAUGAACACGGUGGCGAGCGUCUUGUGGCUGCUGGUGAACCACCGGUGAACGUUGUGACCCAGCCGUCAGAGGAGAAGGCAGCGGUAGCUGGCGCUCCACAUGGGGCCGAGGUUCUGCAGGAGAAAGGGGAGGCGGGGAAGGAAGAGGAAGACGACGGGGAGGAGGAAGGACAGGGGGUCAGCUCGCCACAGAUGGCCCCCCCCCCUGACGGCCACAGCGACUCGGAGGCCGGGGCGGGAGAGAGGGGUACGGACGGGAGGGAGGAAGACGCAGAAGAGACGUCACACGCGGCAAACGACAAACGGGACGACGCCAAAGACAAAAAGGGAAAGGCGGUGCCUCCUACCGGGCCGGACCGAGAAGUGAUGAGGAGGAGGGAAGAGGAAAACGAUGUCCCAGGAAAGUCACGGGACGACCCACAUGGGACCAAGGAGGAUGAAGGUAAGGACAAAGGGGUGGCGAGCUCUCCAGCGUCCAAACCGGAGUCUCCCCAGGGUUCUGAAGCGUCGGUGGGGGAGGGGAGUACAGAUAGGAGCACGGAAGAGGAGACGAUGCCCCACCAAGACAACGCAGGAGACGGGGCGGAACGGGUGGCGCCUACUGUCGAGCCCGCCGUGGAGACACCAGAGAGGAAGAGAGAAGACCAAACAUCACACGACGACUCGGACGGGCAAGAGGAAGAGGAAAGUAAAGACAGAGGGUCAGAUGAGACGAUACACCAACAAGACAACGCAGGAGACGGGGCGGGACAGAUGCCGCCUCCUGCCAAGCCAGCAGUGAAGACACCUGAGGGGGAGAGAGAAGACGUCCCACAAACAUCCCGGGACGACGCGGAGCGGCCAAAGGAAGAGGAGGUAGAGGAAGAGGAUGGUAAAGACAAAGGGGGGGCCAGCCUCCAAGCGUCCACACCUGAGACUGACGUGUAUUCUGAGGCCGUGGCGGGGGAGGCCAUUACAGAUACAAGCAUGGUGGACAAGAAGUUGGAUGUGGAGUCGCCUGUGGGGAAGGAAAAGGAGGACAAUGUCCAGCAAACGGUUCACGACGACGCCCACGUGGAAGAGGCAGAAGGGGUUAAAGAGGGAGGCAAGACCAGCUUGACCGAGAUGGAGUCGGGUCCUGAGACCGGACAGGACCCUGGCAGGCAGCCCGGAGGCAGCGGCGCCGAGCGGGGAGGGACGCAAGGCUCAGGGGGACAACACGAGGGACGCAGAGAGGAAACGAGAGACGGGCCACUCCCUGCCAAUCACGUAGAGGAGGGGGACACGAGGGACGCAAAUAAGGAUGCGGAGAACGAGGACGGCGCUGAGUAGGACGGAGGGCUGGGCCGGGGACGGUCGCUGGGGAACACCGGCAGGACCUUCGGAGGACUUCAGCCUCCCGGCACACCCUGCUGGAGAUACCUGGACUAUGUGUUUGAAUCGGUUAAGACUGUCCUGAAGCCGUUCUGGUUAGCAAAGAGGCCUCACUGUCCACACACUGGUUGGAAACAUUUAUUUUUUCGAACUUGAACGUGUAAAAGCAGGGUCGAAGGCUUUGAAGCGUACGAGGAUGCGCAACGAACAGUGUAACCUCUGUUGCUGUGGCAGGAUGAGGAUGCGACUCCGAGAUGGUCAGGGUGGGUAGGGCAGAACUAAAUCCAGUCUAAGUGAAGUGAGAUGGGUUUUAGUCGCCUUCCAGAGCAAACUUGUGAAAUUCUUCUUAAUCUUGUUCUCAAACAUGCUACUGGAUUCUAUUGUGUCUGCUCCUUCAGUGUGUCAAACGUCAGAUAUUGGUUUAUGAAACUGAUAAGCAGGCCAGUGACACGCCUAGUCUGAUAGAAGAUAACACAACAAUACAGUAUUUCAUAGAAGGGUGUGCUGUUUGUUUUUUAGUUAACGAAUAACUUUAGAAUCCUUUUGGACUUAUUUUACCACACCAACUUUACCUUCAAGAUGAAUUUAGCAUUUAAUUCACAUUAAUUGUAAUGAUCAGUUCUUGUCAUUAGGGGAUGGUGUUUCCUCGGUUUUCUCUAACCAUUUUCAGCAAUUAUUUCAAUGUGAUUUUUUUUAUGUAAGAUGACAUCAUUGACCUGAUUUUGUUUUUAUGAUUAACAAUAUCAUUUUGCUUCUGAGUAUUACUACUAUACUAUUACAAUAUUAGUCUAAUACUAUACGGUAUUUUACAUUCAGAGUUCAUGAAAACUGCACUUUGAGAUUGUGAGUACAUUUCAACAAGUUUGAUUCAAAACAAAAACAUAAAUUUCUACAUGAACACUAAAUAUAUGCAGUUAAAUAAUGGAUAUUCAGCACCCAGACAGCAAGAGCAUGAGAAACAGUUAAUGUGAACAAUAUUGACCGAUAGCUGAAGGUUAUAACAAAUGCACUCGUAACUAAGUUAUAUUAUUUUAAAAAACAAAAUCUAUAGGGAGUCAAAUCAAUGUUUGAUUAAGUGUCCUAUAUUGAAGAAUUGGGAUUUUAUUAUUCAUGUUAUUACAUUGAUUAACUAUUUUUAAAGUGUGAUAUAUAACUAACAGAUUCUAUUUUUUUUUUGCUUGCUUUUUUAACCAAUAUGCUACGUAUAUUUGUUAAAUUCUGUUUCAUGAUAAAAUGUUUUGGAGCUAACCUAAAAUCAUUUGAUUGUAUUUGUAUGAAUUCUUUGCUUCUCGUGUCUGUAAUGUGCAUUCCCUUACAGCAGGGGGCAGUGUUUAACAGUGUUGUAUUCAGGGCGUGGGGAUCCUGAUUCCAUUUUUCUGACACUUGUAUACAGUCUAUGGUAUGAAGGCCAUUAUGAAAUACUUUGAGAAUAUUUUCGCAAGAUCCUGAUGGACGUUCUGAGGCUGAAAAAUAACCAUAGUUAUGAAACCUCAGUCACUAGUCAAUGACAUUCAUACCAUAGCAUACAUAUCUGGCACUUAAUGGACACAAUUAUUCUAUGUUGUACGUUCUUGCACUUAAAAUAGCAUCUUAUCCUAGCUUUCUUUGUUGUAUAUGGGGAAUGGGUUAACCUAGAGAUUGUUUGUUCUAUGAACAUCCUUACUCUGCAGACAGCUUUUCUUUCUUCUGACAAAUUGGAUAAAAGCGUCUGCUAAAUACCCCCUGAUCUAAAAUCAUAUUUCAGAAUUCCUCCACGCCACAUACAGAUACUUCACGUGCAAGUGUGGGCCUUCUAGAUUCAUAGUAUUGACAGAUUACUGUGAGUUGACCAAACCAGGUGGGUCAAAACAAAUUGAAUCACACUCCAUGGUUGUCGAACAACCAACCCCGACUAAAAACCAAAACACCCCAAAACAUGAGGGAAGGAGGUCUGUCCUCCCUACACAACCCUUCUUCUCCCAACUAACCAUUCAGCUCAGAAACUGCAGCCCCUCAAUUCAGAGCAGAGCUGAUCA